AUGUGCCUGGUGCACAACAGCGUGCAGUUGUUGCUGCAUGACUGCCGCGUGCCAGAACUCUGCGAUUGGUUCCAAGUUGUCCUGCCAGCUGGGGUGGCUCAUGCCGGCCUGAAGCCACAGCAUCAGGAUGCAGACUUUCAUGUCAGAAAGCCAGGCAUCUCCAUGAAUGUGGCUGUUCGGUGCAACCUGCUUGCCUUCAGCUUUGCCUUUGCGCUAGCUGCAGCGGCCACGCCACUGCACGUGGGCACCCUCACAUUGGCAUUGUACGUGGCAAGCAUAUUGGCUUAUGCAGGUGCGAGUUGCAAGUCUGCCAGCCGCAAAGCCAGCGCUUGGAGAUCAGGUCUUGAGACAUCUGAUUCCGUUGAGGUGGCAGAAGUUGCAAUUGCAAGUGGCACGCAGUGGAUCCUGAUUUGUGGCGGCGAACCCUGUCGUGACAUUGUGGGCGCAAGGCUUGGUGCGCGCUUGGAGCUCCAACCGAAUGCGCUUGCAUUCUUCUCCAGCGGGCACUUCAAGCUCCAAUCCGACUUUGCACCAGAAGCUGCGGUCCAUCAAAAGCCGAUAAGUCGCUUCCCUGGCGUUGACUUGCUGCAGCUGCAAAAGGUCAUGCAGUUGGACAGAGAAGCGAUCGAUACCUUGGCCAAUUUCACCACGUUUCUUCGAUGCAUCGACAAGAAGCGUCUGGCUCGUAAUAGGAGUGCUCCGGUUGACGUGGUUGUUGUCACCUCUUCUUACCAUGUCCCGCGGGCCAAGACGAUUGCCACAUUGGUGUUGGGCUCCAGAGGGCUGUCAUUCCAUUUCGCGGAGGCGCCGGCCCAGGGUGUGGAGGAGAAGGAAGACAUGGCUCGGCGCAGCCUUCGAGAGGGCAGCUUUCGAUGUGCCCGUGAUGCACUCCGAGCUCUUGUCUGGCUGUUGUCGAGCUUUGAAGGUGCCACUAUAGUGCACGUGUUUGCAGGUGAUUGCUUGGCUGGACGCAAAGAAGUCGAGCUUGCCGCAGCUGGCCUGCUGGCCGAAGGAAGCAAAGCUCCGGUGUAUCCGGGUUUGGAGAUCCGCUACCCAGCUCGCGACCUGCCUAAGGACAAGAAACUAGCAUGUCCUGGCCAUGUGCUGCUGCACGGCCUCUGUGCGCCGAGGCCGAUGGAGUUCUUCUGUGGACUCUUCGAUGCUCCCCCUGAGCCUCUACACUUUGUGCAGCCAAGUGAGGAACUGCUUGGUUAUGCAGAGGCUUCCACGGUCGUGGAUGUGCUUGACAACGACGUCGUCACUCGAACGGCCUUGCAUGCUCUGCUGGUGCGCAACCGACUCAGGCCGACUGAGGCUGCUGUCUUCAUUCUUGGUCAUGGUGACUGCUGUGGCACCAGGAGGGAGCUCCUCCUCGCGGUCCCGUUAUGCACAAACCUUGUUGUGGAACUCUGCCGAGUUCCACCGUCAACCCAGGCGCGGCCUGAUGGUCAAGUUUUCUUGGUCUUGGAUGGCUUGGUGGAGGGCUUUGGCAGCCAGAAGAGGGUCGAGAAAACUGGGAAAGGUAUUCGGCUGACUCCAGAGGAAUUUGCGGGGUGCUUGGAAGAGUUACACAGCACUGCUCACAGCCAUCGGUAUUUCUUUCCGUCCAAAGAGACGAAUCACGACUGGAUCUACAGCUACGGCGUUGAUCGGCUACCCCUGGCCGUCCAGAAAGCUUCACAACCCAUGUGGCAGCGAAAGAAGCCCGACAAGAUGACAUCUUUGAUAUUUCAAGACACGCACAUCAGUAUGCUUGUUGAGCCGCAUAUAUCAUGGAAGAAGAUCCAGCCAUUUUUGAAGGAACGUCAGACAGAGUUUUCAGAAGAAGCGAGACGCAGUAUAAUGACAGUGACUUUCAACUGUGCUUCUUCCCAGAAACCCAUGGCUCACGACAUCCACAACUUCUUUGUGGAGGGCGAGCCAUUGCCAGACAUUAUUUUCGUGGCACUCCAGGAGACGUGCCCAUUGGCGCUUGCAAUCGACGUGACAGAGAUCGCCAGUGCACAAUAUCACAAAGCCUGGAGCUCUGCGGUCACAGCAGCCGUGAAGCAUCGAGGCGAGUACAGGCUUCUGGCCGACUAUGCCAUGGUUGGAUUGCAGUUGCUGCUGUAUGUUCUUGAUGAUUUGGCACCGAAGGUGUCCCAGACUUGCUGGGGAUCCGCCCGCUGUGGGACACUGGGUGCUGGCAACAAGGGCGCGGUGGCUUUUGGGCUUGUCAUGGGAUCCACCUCGUUCUGCUUCGUCAACUCACACCUGGCAGCUGGCGAGAGCACCUCGAGCUCACAGGAGAGAUCUCAGGACUUCGACUACAUCAUACAGACAUUGCGCUUGACGGGCAUCUCUGCAAAUUGCACCGUUGGCCCUGUGGAUGUACGAGAUUCUCGUAUCUCGCAUCGCAAAAGCUGGCGGAAACCCUCAUGCGUACCAUAG